AAUGUUAAACAGUUGUGCUUCGGCUCCCAAUAGCAGUCAAUCAGAUUCAGAAUGGAGCUCGAAAGAAUUGGAAUUGUUUAGUACUUGGAAUUACUGAAUUGUCUCAAAAUGUCUGCAACAUUACUGUCAAAGCGUUCAAUGUCCAUGUCGGACCAACUAGAAGCGCGACAGUCACUUCUUCGUGCAGUUAAAAAGGAGGUGAAGCAGAUAAUGGAGGAAGCGGUGACUCGUAAAUUUGUUCAUGAGGAAAGCAGCAGUAUUACCUCCCUUUGUGGAGCUGUAGAAGCAUGCUUACUACAUGGACUACGUAAACGAGCAUUGGGCCUCUUCAAAUUCAGUAAUACAACAGCAUUAUUACAGAAGGUUUCCAAAUCAUUUGAACCGGCAAUGUCAGUGGUUAAACUGGUCAGUGAGAUUGAGCUGAAUAAUGAUCCUUCAAGGAAAUCGUUGGAUACAAACAAAAAUCAAACAAAACGACAGACCUCAACUAUUUCAUUUAGCCCAAAAUAUCUGUGGAUACGGGUUGCCAUCUUUGAAAAACAGCUUGCCAAAAUACUUGACUACCUUGUGCAAAAUAACAGCAAAUAUUAUGAAGCUUUUGCUUUAAUAUCAGAUCCAGUAGAUGGCCCGAUAUUGGCAUCUUUAUUGGUUGGGCCAUGUGCGCUGGACUACACAAAGAUGAAAACAUCUGAUCAUUUCUGGACAGAUCCUCCGGCCGACGAGCUUGUCCAGAGACACAGGAUACAUUCUGGUGGUCACCACAUGACCUCUGGUGCAGGGUCACCAGGGUCACCAAAACGACCUGGCCUACAGGUAAGGCCACAGCAGUUCCGACGCAAUCAGAGUAGCAGCAGCGAAGAGAGUUCCAAAAGUUUCCAUUUAUCAGCGCGAGAAUACGUUGAAUCACUGCAUCAAAACUCAAGAACUACUUUACUGUAUGGGAAGAACAAUGUCUUAGUGCAGCCGAAAGAGGGUGUGGAGGCCCUGCCAGGGUAUUUAUCAUUACAUCAAACUGUGGAAGGCCUCACAAUCAUGUGGACUCCAAACCAGUUGAUGAAUGGCUGCUGCGAGGCAAAGGAUGAAGAUUUAGACAGAAGCAUAUUAUGGGAUUAUGCCUUGACAAUAUUCUUAGAUGAAAUAGUCUACAUCCACUGCCAUCAGCAACCUGACUGUCGUGGAACAAUUGUUCUGGUUGGCCAGGAUGGUGUACAGCGCCCUCCUAUCCAUUUUCCCAAGGGAGGGCACUUGUUGGCUUUCUUGUCAUGUUUGGAAACAGGGUUACUUCCCCAUGGCCAGUUGGAUCCACCAUUGUGGUCACAACGCGGUAAAGGUAAAGUAUUUCCAAAGUUGAAACGUAAAGGCAGCAGAUUGUCAAAUUUAUCGUCAAGUAGCAAAGAGGGCAGCACCAGUUCUACAUCAAGUGCAAGCACCGACCUUGAGGAGGAGGCUACCGAUUACGUGUUCCGGAUUGUCAAGGUGUUCAAACCAGAAAAUAUACCACCGGAAGUGUUAGAUCCAAAAGCCAAAUUUCGCCCAGCAGAUCUGUUACCAUGGGCUCUCACAAGGAUACCAAGAGGUCCAAGCCCGCUCGCCCGAACAUGUAAAAAACCUACGAAGGGACAAAAAGAGCAAAACAACACUGCUUAACACUUUGGGAAGUCCCCAAAUAGGAAAACAAUAAAACAGUUGUGUGAUACAAUGAGGAAACAGAUCAUAUCUAGAGCAUUCUACGGAUGGCUAGCUCACUGUAGACACUUGAAGACUGUGAGAACACAUCUCUCCGGGCUGGUUCUCCAUAGAAUAUUCCCUGUCGAUCAACCUUACGAUGCUUCUAAGGGUCUUACAGAGGAGGUCUGGUCACAGAUGGGUAAAUUUGGAACAGUAACUGGUUAUCCAGAAGUAUUCAGACUUGUGUAUUAUGGUGGUAUAGAACAUAGCAUCAGGAAAGAAGUGUGGCCAUAUUUGCUUGGGCAUUACAAAUUUGAUAGCACUCCUGAGGAUAGGGACUAUCUUGAUAAGAAAACACAAAAUCUGUAUGAACGGACAAUGUCGGAAUGGUUAGCUGUAGAAGCUAUCGUUAAACAAAGAGAAAAAGAAAUAAUGGCAGCUAAUUUAGCUAAAAUGUCUUCUGAAAGCACUGACGGAAAUAUACCAUUAGUGCGGAAAGAUUCUAGUCUUGAUAAUGAUGUGUUCUUAUCUCAGAGUUUUGACUCUGAUGAAUUUUCUCAUCCGGACACAGUUCCGGAAGAAAGUAGUGCCACCGGAACUACUUGUUGUACGCCAGACAGGAAACAGAGUAUGGAUUUACAUUUUGAAUUGAGUGAUAAGAUUAUGCAGACUGAUUCUUUCUCUGUGAUUGAGAAACGUGAAUAUUUAACGUCGUACACCACAGACAGUCCGGAUGACGGGUUAGGAGACUCCAUAGCGCGAAUAAGUUCACAGGAACGUCUGAAAUUAGAUUCGGCUGGUGAUUCUGAAAGCACAGAUAUUUCUAAAUUUGACAGGGAUUGUAGUAUUGAACAGCAAGGAGUAACAAAGUUUUCAGCCGGAAGUUCCGGUGUUGAGGAAGAUGCUGAUAAUGAAGCAGACGACGAAGGAGGUGAUGAAGAUGAUGGGGACGAGGAGGAAGAAAUGGAACAAGAUGAGACGGAAGAAGUAAUGUUGGUAGCACAGGAGUCUGUAGAGAAAGAUGAGGAUAAAGCCUCACAGGUUACAGUAAUGGUUGAUGGGGGAGAAACACCUGUGGUUGAUGAACGUGUCCGACAGCUAUCGACUUCCAAAGAGAGCCUGAUGUCCCCGGCCUCUCCAGCAUCCAAUGGUGGAAUUUAUUCUCCUGAAUUGUUGGACAGUGUGGCUCUGAAUCUUCAUCGUAUUGACAAGGACGUACAGAGGUGUGACCGGAACUACUGGUAUUUCACACCAGAUAAUCUCGAGAAACUUCGUAACAUCAUGUGCACGUAUGUAUGGGAGCAUCUAGAUGUUGGAUAUGUACAGGGAAUGUGUGAUUUACUGGCUCCCUUACUUGUCAUCAUUGAUGAAGAGGCUAAAACCUACAGUUGUUUCUGUGAGUUAAUGAAGAGAAUGUGCAGCAACUUUCCGCAUGGUGGAGCCAUGGAUACACACUUUGCAAACAUGAGAUCUCUAAUACAGAUAUUAGAUUCCGAGUUAUUUGAGCACAUGCAUCACCAUGGGGACUACACUCAUUUCUAUUUCUGCUAUAGGUGGUUCUUACUGGACUUUAAAAGAGAGUUUGUUUAUAACGACAUCUUUCUGAUAUGGGAGACAAUCUGGGCAGCUAAAUAUAUCAGCUCUGCUAAUUUUGUGCUAUUUAUAGCACUGGCGAUGGUGGAAUAUUACAGAGAUAUUAUCCUUGAUAACAACAUGGACUUCACAGAUAUUAUCAAGUUCUUUAAUGAAAUGGCGGAGAGACACGAUGCCAAACAGGUUCUGAAGAUAGCACGAGAACUGAUCCUUCGUCAACAGACACUGAUAGAUAAUAAAUGAUGAUUUAUAGAAUGAUGAUAAUUGAUUGACAGGUAUACCAGGUGAUGAUUGACCGCUACUUUAUG